GAUAUCUCAUACGGCUCCAUUGAGGAGGGCUGGAAGUACCACCUCCUUAUUUAUUCCUACUUCCUCACAUAUCCGUCGAUACCAGUUUACCCCAUCCCCUCUUCUCUUUCUCACUCUCUCUCUCUCUCUCUUUUUAUCUCUCUUUUUUCUCUUUCUGGUGGAUGUAACACUCCAGUAGCCUGGUAUCGACUUUCUGAAAGUGACAGAAUGGGGGUCCUGACUAAGAAGUGGGACAGCGGCGUCGUCUUUCUAAUACUUGCUGCGUAUCUGGUGCUUUGUGAAGCUCAGCCCAAACCUGGUUUCUGUGUGAUGUAUGAUGAAUGUGGUCUAAACCCCAAUGUAGAAAACUCCCUGAUCCCUGCAAGAAUACCCUGCAGAAGCUAUCAGCAAGCCAGACCAGUGACAGGCCAACACUACCAGCUGUUGAAGGAGGUUUGUCCAAUGUUGGACAGAGGUGUGGGUCAGACAUUUGCCUGCUGCACCAGUACUCAGCUGCUCGCCCUGCAAAGCAGCCUGACGCUAUCCAAAGCUGUGCUGAUCCGAUGCCCGUCCUGUGCUUACAAUUUCGCCCAUGUGCACUGCAUCACCACAUGCAGCCCCGACCAGAGCCAGGUAGUCAACAUCACCAAAACUGUCAACCUCACGGUCAAUGGAGUCUUGAAAGAUGCCGUGGUUGCAUACCAGGCUUACAUUUCCACCAGCUUCUCAGAUGCAUCCUUCAGGUCCUGCCAGAAUGUAAGGAUUCCAGCGACAGGUGGAUAUGCCAUCGCUACCAUGUGUGGCCGAUAUGGUCAUAAGCUGUGCACGCCUCAGCGUUGGUUAGAUUUCCAGGGUGACACUAGCAACGGUCUGGCUCCACUUGAUAUCGAUUUUAGACUCAUACCGCCUGGCGAGACCUCACAGGUACCAGAAGGAAUGGUUCCAUAUGCAGGUUUGGCUAUAGGCUGUAAUGAAACAUCACCCACUGGGGAACCAGAGUGCUCUUGCCAGGACUGUCUGGAUGCUUGCCCAUCAAUUCCUCCACCUGAACCUAUACCUGAGAAUCCCUUCAUGGUCGGUGACAUGAACGGCAUCCUCUUCAUUUGCCUCAUUGUCUUUAUAUGUUUGUGCCUCCUCUUCCUUGGCUUCACUGUGGCUAAGUUUGUUUACCAGACCUGUAAAAGUAAAAUGUCAAAAGGGGGCAUAGACAAAAAUGCAAACAAUGUAAGCUAUAACCAAACAGUGAAUCCCAAAGAUGUGACAUGCUCUGAUCGAGCAAGUCUGGCUGUUCAAAAAUUCCUGGGUUCACGCUUUCAGACUUGGGGAACUAUCAUGGCUAGGUACCCAAAGACUGUGAUCAUUGUGUGUCUGGUUGCAGUUGUGGCAUUUACAACUGGUCUGAUGAACAUAGAACUAACCACCGAUCCUGUUCAGCUUUGGUCGGCUCCCAACAGCCGUGCUAGGCGUGAGAAAGACUUUAAUGACCUGCAUUUUGACCCCUUCUUUCGUACCAACCAGCUAAUUCUGACAGCUCCAGGGAGACCAGGCUAUAUGUAUGACUCCUUGCUGUUUGGCAAAACAAACUUCAGUGGCCUCGUCUCUAAAGACCUCAUUUUGCAACUAUUGGAGCUUCAAGAGCGAAUUCAGGCAAUAGAGUUCUGGUCUGAUGCACUUAACAAAACUGCUAGCCUUAAGGAUGUGUGCUAUGCGCCCCUCAAUCCAACGAACCCUUCUCUUACCGACUGUGCUGUCAACAGUCUUCCUCAGUACUUCCAAAACAGCCUUGCAAAUUUGAACGCGAAGGCGAACAUGACCGAGCUCGGCGUGACUAAAGAGGUGGACUGGAGAGAUCAUUUAAUCUACUGCGUCAACUCUCCGCUGUCCUUUAAAGACAUCACUGCACUUGGUAUGAGCUGUAUGGCUGACUAUGGAGCACCUGUGUUUCCCUUUUUGGCUGUGGGAGGAUAUGACAAUGAAGACUACACAAAUGCUGAAGCCUUCAUCCUUACGUUUUCUCUGAGUAACUAUCCACGGGAACACCCAAAGUUCAAAGUGGUUCAAGAAUGGGAAUUGAGAUUCUUGGACAUAGUACAGGAGUAUCAGAAAGAUCCCAGAACAAACUUUACCUUCGCAUACAUGGCAGAGAGGUCUUUAGAAGAUGAAAUCAACAGAACUACAAUCGAGGACAUCCCCAUUUUUAUGAUCAGCUACGCAGUCAUCUUUCUGUACAUUGCUGUGGCUCUGGGGGAAUACUCAUCCUUCAAACGCAUUCUGGUGGACUCAAAGUUCCUUGUUGGCUUUGGGGGUAUUCUGGUAGUUGGCUGCUCAGUCCUGGCCUCCAUGGGUUUCUAUGCUUGGAUAGGAAUCCCGUCUUCGCUCGUCAUACUGCAAGUGGUCCCCUUUCUAGUCCUGGCUGUUGGAGCUGACAACAUUUUCAUCUUUGUUCUGGAGUAUCAGAGAGAUGUACGUCGCCCAGAUGAGACUCGUGAGGAACAGAUUGGACGAGUCCUUGGAAAUGUUGCUCCCAGCAUGCUCCUUUGCAGCAUGUCAGAAUCUGUCUGCUUCUUUUUGGGUGCUUUGAGUACGAUGCCUGCCGUGAGGUCUUUCGCACUCUACGCUGCUUUAGCUGUCCUCAUGGACUUCAUGCUGCAGAUGACUGCGUUCGUAGCACUGCUGUCUCUCGACGCUCGCAGGCAAGAUGCAAAUCGAUGUGAAAUCGCUUGCUGUGUCACUGUCAAGGAACCACGUUCUACUAAACUGAAAGAGGGAUUCCUCAUGCCUAUAAUGAGGAAAUAUUACGCCCCGGUACUGCUCCACCCCGUCUCCAGGAUUGCAGUGAUCGUGGUGUUCCUCUUCAUGUUCUGUGGCUCUAUCUACCUCAUGUUCAAUGUAAAGGUGGGCUUGGAUCAGGAGCUGGCCAUGCCAACAGACUCGUACAUGUUGACAUACUUUGCCUACCUGUACAAGUACUUUGAGGUCGGGGUUCCUGUAUAUUUUGUCACAACUAGAGGCUUCAACUUCUCAAGUGUCAACGGCAUGAACGCAGUGUGUUCCAGUGUCGGCUGUGACCAGUUCUCCCUCACACAGAAGAUCCAGUAUGCAACAGCAUAUCCUGACAGAUCGUACUUGGCUAUCCCAGCGUCCUCCUGGGUAGACGAUUUCAUCGACUGGCUGAAUCCUCAGUCGCGAUGCUGUCGGCUUUACAGCUUUGGACCCGACGCAGGGAAUUUCUGUCCUGCUAAUGUGUCUAAUUUGAUGUGUUGGAAGAAGUGUAUGCGCACCCCAUCGAACGGUGUGCUGCGUCCAAGUGUUGAAGAGUUUGACAAGUAUCUCCCCAACUUUCUCACCAACCGUCCAGACUUACAGUGUCCCAAAGGUGGUUUGGGGGCUUAUGACACAUCUGUGGUCCGGGACAAUGUGACAGGAGAAAUAUUGGCAUCUCGGUUCAUGGCGUAUCACACUCCUCUCACUAACUCACAGGAAUUCACGGCGGCCCUGCUCACGGCGAGAGAACUCGCCCACAACAUCACCAAGCAAAUGAGAAAUCUGUCAGACACGGCACCCGACUUCGAGGUCUUCCCCUAUUCUAUUACGUACGUGUAUUAUGAGCAGUACACUACCAUCGUGUAUGAAGGCUUAGUAAACCUCGCACUCUGUUUGUUACCCACCUUCGUGGUGUGCUGCAUCCUGCUGGGCAUGGACCUGUCCUCAGGUCUCCUCAACCUUCUAACCAUAGUGAUGAUCACCGUGGAUACCGUGGGCGUCAUGACGCUGUGGAGCAUCGACUACAACGCCGUGUCGCUAAUCAACCUCGUCACGGCUGUGGGGAUUUCAGUGGAGUUUGUGUCUCAUAUAACGCGCUCCUUCGCUCUGAGCACAUUACCCACUAAGGUGGAGAGAGCCAAAGACGCUACGGCUAAGAUGGGCAGUGCGGUGUUUGCUGGCGUUGCUAUGACAAACCUGCCUGGAAUCAUCGUGCUGGCAUUCGCUAAAGCUCAGCUCAUUCAGAUCUUCUUCUUCCGGCUGAAUCUGGUCAUCACGCUUCUGGGGAUGGCACACGGCCUCAUCUUCCUGCCUGUGCUGCUCAGCUUCUUCGGUCCAUCUGUAAACAAGGCCUUGCUGCUGGAGCAGCAGAAAGAAAAAGCCAUAGAGAUGGCGCAGCACAACAGGGAAGUUUACGACAAUGGCGGCUUUGAAAGGACUGAGAAUCACGUCUCUUCCGAGCCCCACUAUGCCACGACGCUGUCUGACCCCAAUCCACCAGUGCCGCUGGAGCAGGCGAUGACACCAGAACCAAGCACAGAGGAGGACACCACGCAGAGCCAGAGAAUCACGGCUCUAUAGUCCUGGGAUGACCUUCCUCUUCUGCUGCUCUUCCUCCUGCUUCCAAAAAGGAGAGAAAAGGAUGGUUUAUUAACUACAGGACUCUGUCAGUAUACACACUAGUGCAAUAUAAAGGUCAGGAGAACUGCUUUAUAGGGAUAAAGCUUUCUUUUUCACCUCAGCAACACAGUGUUUAACCUGCUCUAACACAUACUUCACUAAGCAGAGAUGUUGGGCUUGGAGAUGGAAAUAUUGCUUCACUUUCCGUAUGGCAGCACCUGCUGGACAUAUAUUAUUAUUUUUAUACAUUAAUUUGUAAAUGAAACCAUGAAAAAUAGUCAGACACUCAAGAUAUGAUGCAUUAGAUGCUUAAAUUUACACCCACAGAUGUAGACACUACUAAGAGGAAUCACUUGGACUUCUCUGGCUAAUUUAAAUGAACAGCUAGUCAAAUGGAGCUGCUAACUGUUAGCACCUGCUAAUAAACAGAGUGGUAUUGAAAAAUACAUAUUUUGAAGGUUAUGCAGAUUAAAUCGAGCUUUUAAUAACACUAUUCUACUACGUGGUUUAUGAAACAAAUCACAGGCUACUUGAAAUUUAGCUGAAAGCAAAUGGCGCUAGUUCAUUAACUAGAUGCACUUGCAAUGCUAACAAAGCUCUUAGCUAAACAACCAUGCUAACCAUUUUGCCAGCAAUACCAGUGCCUCUUUAUUUUCCAUAUCUAUUACCUAAGCACUAAGACAAAAUGCUGAUUUUUAUUAUUAUUAUUUUUUUUUUUACAACAUUUUGAUAUCUUUGAUUCUGUUUGUUGAACAUAUAUGAUAGGGUUUUUUUUUUCUUUUAGAUGAAAACAGUUGCACUAACAACUCUAACUCGCUCACUAGCUUUACUAGCCAUACUAGUGCAUUCAUUUUUCUGUCAGCUAUGGCACCGGGACAAAACAUUUAAUUCUUUUACAUUUCAAUAGUUUUACAUCUUACAGCAAAAGAUCCAAAGAUGGCUGCAAAUAUACCGUUAGCCAAUUAGCACACAUCUCAUUCAGCUGCUAGAGCAGCAGUUCGAUUUGGGCUUUAAGUUCAUUAUCAUUUUUAAAAAAAAGAUAUUUUACAUUUCCUCUAGAAUCUAAAUAUAAUCAUAGACGUUUGAGGAUUACAUAACACACAGCUUGUCUCUAAGGGAGCUAGCUUAGCUAAAAACAACUACCUGUUAAUUACCUCAGCAGAUGUCUAGAUGAAAAUAGAGUGAGGCAUUGAAUAUAUCUAGGUUUUAUUCACAUCUGAGUCUGUUUAUUAAAGAACAUGUUUGUUAGAGCAGGACAGACAAA